GUCCACCGGAAGUGCCCCCGUGCGCGGGCAGCUCACUUCCGCCCGGCAGGUGACAGCCGCGGGGCUCGGAGCGGCGGGCAGCACAGACGCACCGGGAGAGCGGGAGGAGGAGGCCGCGGACAUUUUGCUGCCGAGCCGAACCGAGCCCUAGUGCCGGGAGCCGUUCGGACCUGCGGAGUCUGGCCACAAAUAAGGGACCAAAAUGACUGACUCAAAAUAUUUCACCACGACCAAGAAAGGGGAAAUCUUCGAGUUGAAGGCCGAGCUCAACAGUGACAAGAAGGAGAAGAAGAAGGAGGCAGUGAAAAAAGUGAUUGCAUCAAUGACUGUGGGCAAAGAUGUCAGUGCCCUCUUCCCGGAUGUGGUGAACUGUAUGCAGACAGACAACCUGGAGCUGAAGAAGCUGGUAUACCUAUACUUGAUGAAUUAUGCCAAGAGUCAGCCUGACAUGGCCAUUAUGGCUGUCAACACCUUUGUGAAGGAUUGUGAAGACCCCAAUCCCCUCAUUCGAGCGUUGGCUGUGCGGACCAUGGGCUGCAUCCGUGUUGACAAGAUCACAGAGUACCUGUGUGAACCACUCCGGAAGUGCCUGAAGGAUGAGGAUCCAUAUGUGCGAAAGACAGCAGCUGUGUGUGUGGCCAAGCUUCAUGACAUCAAUGCCCAACUAGUAGAGGACCAGGGCUUUUUGGACACCCUUAAAGACCUUAUCUCCGACUCUAACCCCAUGGUGGUAGCAAAUGCAGUGGCCGCCCUGUCGGAGAUUGCAGAGUCUCACCCUAGUAGCAACCUGCUCGACUUGAACCCACAGUCCAUUAACAAGCUGCUGACAGCCCUAAAUGAGUGCACCGAGUGGGGCCAGAUCUUCAUUCUGGACUGCUUGGCCAACUAUAUGCCCAAGGACGACCGGGAGGCCCAGAGCAUCUGUGAGCGGGUCACCCCCAGGCUCUCCCAUGCCAAUUCUGCUGUGGUGCUCUCUGCUGUGAAGGUGCUGAUGAAAUUCAUGGAGAUGUUAUCUAAGGAUCUGGACUACUAUGGGACACUACUCAAGAAGCUGGCUCCACCCCUGGUCACACUGCUAUCAGCUGAGCCAGAGCUGCAGUACGUGGCCCUGCGCAACAUCAACCUCAUUGUACAGAAAAGGCCUGAGAUCCUGAAACAUGAGAUGAAGGUCUUCUUUGUGAAGUAUAAUGACCCCAUCUACGUGAAGCUGGAGAAGCUAGACAUCAUGAUCCGCCUGGCCUCCCAGGCCAACAUUGCCCAGGUGUUGGCAGAGCUGAAAGAGUAUGCGACGGAAGUGGAUGUGGACUUUGUACGGAAGGCUGUGCGUGCCAUUGGCCGCUGUGCCAUCAAGGUGGAGCAAUCUGCAGAACGCUGUGUGAGCACGCUGCUGGAUCUCAUCCAGACCAAGGUCAACUACGUGGUCCAGGAAGCCAUAGUGGUCAUUAAGGAUAUCUUCCGCAAGUACCCCAACAAGUAUGAGAGUGUUAUCGCCACACUGUGUGAGAACCUGGAUUCCCUGGAUGAGCCUGAGGCCCGGGCUGCCAUGAUCUGGAUUGUGGGCGAGUACGCUGAGCGGAUUGACAAUGCUGAUGAACUGCUAGAGAGCUUUCUUGAGGGCUUCCAUGAUGAGAGCACCCAGGUCCAGCUGCAGCUGCUGACAGCCAUCGUGAAACUCUUUCUGAAGAAGCCAACAGAGACCCAGGAGCUCGUGCAGCAGGUCCUCAGUUUGGCCACUCAGGACUCAGAUAACCCAGACUUGCGGGAUCGCGGCUACAUCUACUGGCGCCUGCUCUCCACGGACCCAGUGGCCGCCAAGGAGGUGGUGUUGGCUGAGAAGCCCCUCAUCUCUGAAGAGACAGACCUCAUUGAGCCCACACUACUAGAUGAGCUCAUCUGCUACAUAGGCACACUGGCAUCCGUCUACCAUAAGCCACCCAGUGCCUUUGUGGAGGGGGGCCGUGGCGUUGUACACAAGAGCCUGCCACCCCGCACUGCCUCGAGUGAGAGCACAGAGAGCCCUGAGACAGCCCCUGCAGGAGUACCCCCUGGUGAGCAGCCAGAUGUCAUCCCCACCCAGGGUGACCUGCUAGGCGAUCUUCUCAACCUGGACCUUGGUCCCCCAGUAAGCGGUCCACCCCUGGCCACCACCUCAGUACAGAUGGGAGCUGUGGACCUUCUUGGCGGUGGUCUUGACAGCCUGAUUGGGGGCCCCAACUUUGUGGCACCCUCAGCAGCAGUGCCAGCCAGCCUAGGAGCACCGAUCAGCAGUGGCCUAAGUGACCUCUUCGACCUGACCAGUGGUGUGGGCACCCUGUCAGGAUCAUACGUGGCCCCCAAAGCAGUCUGGCUCCCGGCCAUGAAGGCCAAGGGGCUGGAGAUCUCUGGCACCUUCACCCGCCAAGUGGGCUCCAUCUCCAUGGAUCUGCAGCUAACCAACAAGGCCCUGCAGGUCAUGACAGACUUUGCCAUCCAAUUCAACCGCAAUAGCUUUGGCCUGGCCCCCGCUGCCCCACUUCAGGUCCACGCACCGCUCAGCCCUAACCAGACUGUGGAGAUCUCCCUGCCUCUCAACACAGUGGGAUCAGUCAUGAAGAUGGAACCUCUGAACAACCUCCAGGUGGCUGUGAAGAACAACAUCGACGUCUUCUACUUCAGCACCUUGUACCCACUGCACAUCCUCUUUGUGGAGGAUGGGAAGAUGGACCGGCAGAUGUUCCUGGCCACAUGGAAAGAUAUUCCCAAUGAGAAUGAAGCCCAGUUUCAGAUCAGAGACUGCCCCCUCAAUGCGGAGGCCGUGAGCAGCAAGCUGCAGAGCAGCAACAUCUUUACCAUCGCCAAAAGGAAUGUGGAGGGCCAGGACAUGCUCUACCAGUCCCUGAAACUGACCAAUGGCAUCUGGGUGCUGGCAGAGCUGCGGAUCCAGCCAGGCAACCCCAGCUUCACGCUGUCCCUGAAGUGUCGAGCACCAGAGGUGUCCCAGUACGUGUACCAGGCCUAUGAGACCAUCCUCAAGAACUGAGGCUUCGGCCAGCACCUGCCCUGGCCUCCUGCCAGCCCCAUCAAGGAGCCUCCUGGGGGUGGCAGUACCUCCUUCUCCUCAAGGAGGGGCCAGGCGGGGCUCCUGGCCACCUAGAGGGCUCCCUGGUUCUGACUGCAGUACCCACCUGGGUCCUUGGGACAGGGUGGCACCCCUCCCACAGGGAAAUCUCAGUGCACUCCUGUGCUCUAGGAUGCCCCUCUCAUUGCUGCUGACACAGGGGGUCAGGUGAGGAGGGGACCAAAGGAAACAGAGCGGCGGCAAAACUGGUCAGGGAGACCCAAGAUUCUCCUUUUCCUUUCCCUUGUGCCUAAAGGAUGAGCGUGGAACUUGCUGCUCAGGCUCCCAGCCCAACAGCUCCUGGCCCUUAGUCUCUCUUGGGUUGGUGGUAGAGGGCCCCCACUGCUACCUUGAGUGGGACAGGUCCUGCCAGUCUGGCCUGGGUAUGCAGGGAGGAUCUCCUUGAUAUCAGCAGAGCUGCUCUGUGUCAUUGCUGACAGAGGGGCAGGGCUGAGCUGGGAGGAGCCCAGGGCCUGCACCACCCACCCUGUGUCCACCAGGUUGGUGCCCUGUGGCUAUGUCAGUCAGGCCAGGGUCCCUGAGCACUGUCUUGCAUGGUCAAGACCAGGCAGAAGCUCCCAGAGCCCCUGUCUUGGGCUACUGCUUCGCUGGCAGCUGCACCACCCCCAGCUCCCCUCUUCUGUCUGAAGAUGGUCACUGCCUAUGAUACAUUCCUUGGUGGCGCUCCAGCAAGCCCUGGCAUCCUGGAGCAGACAGGGCUGAGGGAUGGGGCUGCAGGCGAAUGGUGUGAUUCCUGUCUGGGGUUUCUUUGGAGUUUCUCCUUAGUAUCUGCUGCCCUCUUCCUGGCCUCCCAAGUUUCAGUUUGUCUGACAGCAUUAGGUUUUCCUGUUACUGCUGUUUAAUAAUAAAGAAAGAUUCUGCUUUUGGCAAUCACGGAUACUUUUUUCCCCUCCACCAAAUGUCAGAAUUGAAAAUUGCCUCCAAGUGGUUGGGUACUACAGUUUUCAGAUUCCUGUAGUAACUAUAUCUAAUAUAUAUAAAUAGAAAAAUAUAUAUUGUAUGUUACUCUUAUUUUCAAAGAGAAAGUAAAUAAAAAUGAUGACAUCAA